UUUUUUUUUCUAGGGACGUAGCUAGGCUAGUAUCGGACACUUCGACCGCAGUGUGUUUAACCAACCACAAAUCAACACAUUUCAUGACGCUUUGUUAGUUAGGCAGCGAGUAGUUGAAAGUAAGUGCACUUCUUCUGACAGCAGCAGCAGGAGGCGGCUUGAGGAACUAGCUGAAACGAGUUUACCCGCAUGAAACUACCGCAGUGAGGCGUGUAACGAUGUAUAUUACCAACACUGACAUUUUGACAGAAUAGCAAGCUAAGCUAGGUUGCCCUCAGCCAUAAGGACAUGGCUCUUUUUAGCUGAGAGUGUUGCUUACCAAAGAUUUGUAUAAUUAACGGUCAACCCUGUGCUGCAUUUGUGAACCGCCUCAGGAUGCGUUUCAAUGAGAAGGAACUCAUUUCGUUGAGUCGCCAACCAUCUGAGCGGGCGGCGGAACUUGGCAUGCGAGGACCGAAGAAAGGAGAUGUUGUGAAGAGGAGGUUGGUGAAGCUGGUGGUUAAUUUCCUGUUCUACUUCCGAACUGAUGAGGAGGAGCCUCAGGGUGCCUUGUUGCUAGAGCAGUGUCGGGUAGAAAGAGAGGACAGCCUUGCCUUCUCUAUCACUUUCCUAGAUGAGGCAGAGAGGAAGUACCUGUUUGAGUGUGACUCCCAGGAGCAGUGUCAGGAGUGGAUUGACUCCAUCAUCAAGGCCAGUUAUGAGUUCAUGAGGAAGAACUUGAUCUUCUAUCGCACAGAGAUCCACCGGCUGACCGGCAAGGACCCUCUGGAGCAGUAUGGUAUUGAAGAUGAGACGCGCUUCCAGGUCACUAGUGGCCUACAGCUCAUGCCUAAAGACAUUUAAGAUGUACUGUAGCCCCCGCCUACCUAUGAUGGACUUCUCAUCACACCAACCACAUCCCUUAGCAUCUCAAUAUUAUAGUGGUAUUUUCUUGCUCAAGAGUCCAACCUAGGUAAAUGGGGAAAGCCUCUUAUAUUUUAGAUUAAUUGUUGGUUGUAAUGAUAUGGCCUCCUAUAUCCACGUACUGUACAACUGUUUCACGGGCUACUGCAGUGAUAUUCAAAGUUUUUACUCAAUUUUAUUCCCGGCAGAAUUUCUGGGGAUUUAAAAAUAUAUAUAUAUUCUACAAAAUUAACUUUAACCCUUCUGUCACCUGCUGUACAUUUAGUCAUUUCACUCAUUGAGUUGGCUGGCUGUGUGAUUCUCAUUUCCUAUAUGUGUAAAUAUGUUUUUUUACUAUGGUUUUCUAGUGUAAGAAGUUGUUUUCUUAGUACAAUGUGAUGACUGUAAAGCUGUCAGCCAUUGAAUGUGCAGAGGUUUUUGACUUCUUGAACCCCCCCAGUGAAUGAGACUGAAAUGAUGUACAGGCUGCACUUUUAUCCAACCCACUUACUUGUUCACUUCAUGUUCUUGUCUGUCAUGUGUUUAGCCAGAUUGGCAAUACCUUUUGAGCUUGACCAAUAUUCCACGACAGUUGAUCUUAUUGGUGUUCGUUAUGAUUACUAAUCUUAUUUGUACUUUAGACCAAUGUUUUUAGUUUUCAUGAUACUUUUGCACAUGUUUGUCUAGAGAAUGGAUUUGACUUGUGUACAGUCUCUCUCUGUAACAAAUACUUGUCAUGACUAGUUUAAGAAUUGCACUCAUCUACCUUCUUACCUGCCUACUUUUAAAGCUAUUUUACAUCAGUUAAUCUGUUUGUCUAACACUUUAAUUCAAAUUGAGGACUACUGUUAUUUAAAUGUGAAACUGACAAUGUCGUCCUCUAAAACUCUUUUAUCCACAAUCAAAGUCUGACUUGGAAUAGAGCAGCAGUGAUCCUACAAUGGUAACAAUGCAUGUUACUUUUCUCCAGACUACAAUUUCCUCAACACUGCAGCACUGUUCUGGGACACUAUCAAUGGAUUUGCAGAAUGUCCUUCCAAUAAUGACAAUGCUUUGAUGUAUGUUGAAUGUUUCUGUUGCGUUACUUUGGCACGUUGAGUGUGUGCCGUGUGGUUAAACCUAAAGCCUGUUUAUGCAUUUACUUCAAGUAAUCCAAUUUAAAUUUCACUGUCAUACUUCAAUACCACCAAGUAUGAGUUCUAUACUUUUUAAAAAAAUAAAGUCGGCUUUUAAAGACCUCA